AUGAACGUCUUGAGGACGAAUAGCUGCAAAAGCGAUGAUAGCAUAGACGACGGCAAAUAUGCCCUUGUCUACAUCUGCUCCGACCACAGCGUAUCUCUACAGCCUAUAGAAGUCGCGAGAAAUCCCUCAAAUCGCCUGCUUCGUACGAUGGAGAUAUCUCGACUGCCAUGGAAGACAGAGCAAAGGAUUCGUGUUCCGAGACGGACGUCUUCAUAUUCCAACAAGAUUUCGACAGCAUCUGACGAGGAGAUGGAGACCGGCUGUGACUGCUACUCGUCAACGCUGAUGUUUAGCCGGAUCUCCAAGAACAUGGCCUGGAAGCGUAUGACUGGGGAUGUGAAGAAGAUCAUGGUCUUCGAGGAGCCAAUAUCAUUGUCGCCGACUGCUCCAGCUGUGAUGUCGAAGCUCUGA